GGAAGAGGGAAAGAAAGGAGGAGGAGAAGAAGAUUGAGAAGAAAGUGAAGAAGAAGAAGUGGAGGAGGAGAAACUGAGCAGUGCUAGAUAUUUCAUUUUCAGCUUGAUUAUCUAUUUUUUACAAGUUUCUAUAUCAUGGGAAGGAAACCACAUGUGAUAGCUGUACCAUUCCCUGCACAAGGCCAUGUUGCUCCCCUUAUGAAGUUGGCCUACAACUUAGCUAACCAUGGGGUUAAGGUCACAUUUGUUAACACAGAAUCCACACAUGAGAGACUCAUGUCUGCAAUGCCUGAGAAAUUCAAAGAGGAAAUCCCAAUUGGGCUAGUUUCAGUUCCUGAUGUAUUGGAAGGAGAAGAUGUGAAAAAAUUCAUAGAGGGUGCACCAAGUUCUAUGCCACUGCUUCUGCAAAAUUUGAUUAAAAACAUAAACGAGUUGAACACUGAUGACCAAGUAACUCAUGUCAUUGCUGAUGUAUCAGCUGGGUGGGCACUGGAAGCAGCCAAGAAAAUGGGAAUUGAGCGAGCUGCAUUUGUACCUUGUGGGAUAGCGACCUUGGCUUUGGAACUGCAUGUUCAUAGGCUUAUUGAGGCUGGAAUCCUAGACGCUGAUGGAAUUCCAAUGAAAGAUGAGCCUGUCAGCCUGUCAAGCAAGAUUCCCGCCUGGAAGAAAAAUGAAUUCUCAUGGAGCUUCCCAGAAAAUCCACAGUCGGAGAAAUUCAUGUUUCAACACUUGGCAUGUAACACCAAGGAAGAUGUAAAAAUUUCCAAUUGGCUUCUUGUCAACUCAUUUUAUGAGCUUGAGCCAUCAGCCUGUGAUUUGAUUCCCAACAUCUUACCUAUUGGUCCAUUGUUGGCAAGUGAUCAUUUGGGAACUUAUGCUGGAAACUUUUGGGCUGAGGAUUCCACUUGCUUAAACUGGCUUGAUCAGCAACCCCCACGCUCAGUCAUCUAUGCUGCAUUUGGCAGCACAAGAAUCUACAACCAGCAACAGCUUAAUGAGCUGGCACUCGGUCUGGAGAUGGUAGGCCGGCCAUUUUUGUGGGUUAUUAGAUCAGAUUUUACAAACGGAAAAGUGGAAUUCCCAGAAGGAUUCAUAAAGAGAGUUGAAAAAAAUGGGAAGAUAGUGAAAUGGGCUCCUCAGGAGAAGGUAUUGGCUCACCCUUCUACUGCAUGUUUCUUUUCUCACUGUGGGUGGAAUUCAACCAUGGAGGGCAUAAGCAAGGGGGUGCCUUUUCUUUGUUGGCCUUACUUUACAGAUCAAUUCCAUAACAGAAAUUACAUAUGCCAAACAUGGAAGGUUGGUCUAGAAUUGAACCCUGAUGAAAAUGGGAUUAUAACUAGGCAUGAAAUCAAGAUGAAGGUAGAGAAAUUGCUUUCUGAUAAGGAUAUAGAGGCCAAUUCACUGAAGCUGAAGGAAAUGGCUAGAGAGAGCAUCAGUGAAGGAGGAUCAUCUUUCAAUAAUUUCAUAAGCUUUGUUAAACAGAUAAAGCAAUAGGAUGUCUAGGUGGGGGUUGUUUCUAUGAAAUAAACUUGAUAGUAUCUAAUUGAAGUAUAGCUGAGAAUGUGAUGUCUUAAAUAAUAAACUUUGAA